AUGCUUCCCCGCGCCAAGUACAGCCGCUUCAGGAACGACUCGGUGGCCUCGGCCGAUGACCUUCUGCACAGCCUGGCGGCCAGCGGCAGCGGCAAGGUCCCGGCGGUGGCCCCCUGCCCGGCGCCCGGAGGCGAUGGCGCGGGCAGCCUGGGCCACCUGCUCCACAGGGUGUCCCACCUGAGACUGGCCGGCUCGGGCCUGCGCGGCCGGGGGGCGGCCGCGGGCCGGGGCGCGCGGCUCUCGGGCAGCAGCAGCGCGCCCAGCCUGGCCGCCCUGGACCCCGCGCCCCCCGCGCCCCGCGGCCCGGCCCCGCGCCCCGCCGGGAGGGGCCGGCCCGGGCACCAGCCGCCCCGCGCGCCCCCCGCCCGCGACCAGGUGCUGGGCGCCGGAGUCACCUACGCCGCCAAGUACUUGGGGUGCAUUGAAGUUCUACGCUCAAUGAGGUCUCUUGACUUCAGUACAAGAACACAAAUUACCAGGGAAGCCAUCAGCCGCGUCUGCGAAGCCAUCCCCGGCGCCAAGGGAGCCUUCCGGAAGAGAAAGCCUCCGAGCAAAGCGCUGGCCAGCAUCCUGGGCAAGAGCAACCUGCAGUUCGCCGGGACCAGCAUCGCCCUCACCGUCUCCACCGCCAGCCUGAGCCUGCGGACCGCGGACUCCAAGCAGAUCAUAGCGAAUCACCACAUGCAGUGCAUCUCCUUCGCCUCCGGGGGCGACCCGGACACAACGGACUACGUGGCGUACGUAGCCAAGGACCCCGUUAACCGCAGAGCGUGCCACAUCCUGGAGUGCCGCGACGGGCUGGCCCAGGACGUCAUCGGCGCCAUCGGGCAGGCCUUCGAGCUGCGCUUCAAGCAGUACCUGCGCUGCCCUGCCAAGGCCCCCGCCCUCCACGACCGAAUGCAGAGUCUGGAUGAGCCCUGGACCGAAGAGGAGGGCGACGGCUCAGAACCCCCGUACUACAACAGCGUCCCGAACAAGACGCCCCCUCCGGGGGGCUUUGCGGAUGCAUGCCUGCAGGCCGGGCCCCAUGGCCCCGACACAGCCCCGUUUUCAGGAAAAGAGCAAACUUAUUACCAGGGAAGACACUUAGGAGAGCCGUUUGGCGAAGACUGGCAGCAAACCCCUGCCAGGCCAGGGCCCGUGGACACGGCCAGCAGGCCGGGGGGGACGGCGCCGGCGGCCCCCGUGGGAGCAGCCCCCGCCUACGUGAACACCCAGCGGAGACCGCGGGCCGGGCCGGGCGCGGGCGGCAGUGCGGAGAGCAGCCCGAGGAAGGACCUCUUCGACAUGAAACCUUUUGAAGAUGCUCUCAAGAACCAGCCCGCGGGGCCCGUGCUGAGCAAGGCAGCCUCCGUGGAGUGCAUCAGCCCCCUCUCACCCAGGGCCCCGGACGCCAGGAUGCUGGAGGAGCUGAAAGCAGAGCUGUGGUACCAAGGCCAGAUGAGCAGGAAGGAGGCGGAGGGGCUGCUGAAGAGAGAUGGAGACUUCCUGGUCAGGAAGAGCACCACCAACCCGGGCUCCUUUGUGCUCACCGGCAUGCACGACGGCCAGGCCAAGCACCUGCUGCUCGUGGACCCGGAAGGCACGAUCCGGACAAGGGACAGGAUCUUUGACAGCAUCAGCCAUCUCAUCAACCACCACCUGGUGAACAGGCUGCCCAUCGUCUCCGCCGGGAGCGAGCUCUGCCUCCAGCAGCCGGUGGAGAGGAACCCGUGA